AUGGCUGAAGGUGGUGUGUGUUCCAGAUGUACUGAAGUACGGAACAGAUACACAGACAAGGAGAACCGUGAACCAGUCAACAAACUUUUACCAAUUCAUAUCGAAUAUAAGAUUCUAACCGAGGGUGGCAAGAGAAGACAAGGAGAAGAACCAAAGAGAACAAGAAAGAGGAGAUUUGCGGAUCAAGUCGCCAAAGCAGCGUCAGCAUUACGUAACAGUGGUGGAGGGGUGUUGUUAGUCCACGUACAAGGGACGUCCCAGGCAGACCGGUGUCUAGAGUACUUUGACAAGGCCGUCAGAAAUAAGUUGACAGGGUUACUUGAAAACGGUGAACUCUAUACUGACGUCUAUGAACGUAAAUGUUUGUGUCAGAUUGGAACAUUUGAAGAUAUCACUGACUUUGUUCAGAUAACAGUUGGGAAAGUUGAGAGUGUAUGUACUGUUGAUUUCAACACAAAAGCAAAUAAUGACAGUGAGAAUCUUAGCAUCAACUCAUCAAACAUACAGGUGUUGCUGAGAAAAACAGAAACUCAAGCAGGUAGCGUCCCUACUGCAAAACUACCAGAUAACGUCCAGGACCUUCACGAGAACCGACAUAUACAGCUGAAAACAUUCCAGACCACGAGAGAAGUCACAAGCAUUGAGGGAGAUGCUAAACAGUUGACUGACUACAUUUGGAGCCAAUUGAAGCUCAAGGACAACAUUACAUCUAUGUCCAAGGUUGUUGGUGGGGGGUCAUACUUCUUGGGUGUUAGCGAAUCGAAACUAACAACAAAAGAAGGAUAUACAACUAAGAAACCGGAAUACACUGGUUGUAAGCUGGAUAUAUCACAAGAGUCUCUGAGAGAACACAUUUACAAGAAGCUGGAAACUGACAUCUGUGUCUUGGAUCUUGACGGACAGUUUACAGAAGGACCAAGGGACUUGAUCGAUAUUAGAUUCCACACCGUCCCCAGGCUGGAUGUUGGCUUAGUUGUAUUGGAAGUAGCCGUUCGUUAUUGUCAGGGAGUCGUGUUCUACGACAAGGAAGGGCCCAGAACAUAUUAUGUCACAGAUAGCGGUGCGACAAAGACGGCAAAUGUUUGUCGAAUGAAUCGUUCUGAAUGGCUUCAAAGAUUACGGAUCAUGCAUUCGCAUGUUCAUACUCAAACUGUUGAGAAGUAGCUGCACAAUUUAUGACAGUCUAGACUUCCCUUCUGAUAUAUAAUAACUCACGUAGAACAACACUUGACAUUUGAGUAUAGUUAUAUAACCAACCAUGUCCGACAGUGACGCUGGAACAUCAACUGGCUCCUCACCUUAUGAGUCGGAGGAUGACAUGAUAUGCUACAUCACCGGAUCCACACAAUCACCAUCCGAGCAUCUAGACCUACCAGAUACCAGGCGACACAGUGAAGGACGUUUGACCAGAC